GAGCCUGCGGGAACUACAACGGAAUUGCAGCCGACGACCUGAUACUCCCAGGACUCCGAGUCGACGAGUUCCAGGCGUGCCGGGUUUGGGGCUUCAACAACUGGCUGCCUUCGGGGACUUGGAGCCCAUGCCCUUUCUCUGAUGGUCUUCCCACGGCACAGAGAAGCUUGUUAUUCCAGCCAUGACCCAACACUUCACCGCCUGACGCCGUCCCUCUGCGUGUGCCCAGGGCUGGGAGCACCGCCCCCCCGUCCUGCCCCCGCCGCACACCUACCCUGGAAUGGGAACCCACUGACCUUCCCGAGAUUGUUUUAGUAAAUAAUUUAUGACCAAACCUACUUGUGCCUGUAUCUUCUCCUUCCCAGUGUACCCGCGCCCUCGGGACACAAAGGUCUCAACUUCCAGUACCCUCCUUUCCCAAGUCUCAGGAGUUAGGUCGGGACCCUGUCCCCUUCCGACCCAAAAUAUGAGUCCAAGCACCUGGCUCCCUCCUCCUUCGGGUUCCCAGACCUGCAGUCCACCUUAAGUACACAGAUUCCUGACGGGGCCGGCGGGGUACCAGCAGCUCCGCCCCUGAUAUGUUGUGACGUAACUGCAUCGCUAGCCAACGGGGCUCGACGGCGCCAUCUCGCCGAGGCAGGAAGCGGAAGUUUCGGAGUGCGCGGGCCGGAAGUGCCCGUUGCUUCGCACGGCCGAGUCCUGCGAAGGUCCUAUGUGCCGCUGUUCUCGGGCCGUCGGCGGAGCCGCUACCAUGAGCCGGCCUAGCAGGCUGCAGAGACAAGUUCUGAGCUUGUACCGCGAGCUGCUGCGCGCCGGGCGCGGGAAGCCCGGCGCCGAGGCGCGGGUGCGGGCCGAGUUCCGGCAGCAUGCCUCCCUGCCACGCUCCGACGUGCUGCGUAUCGAGUACCUGUACCGCCGCGGGCGGCGCCAGCUGCAGCUGCUGCGCUCGGGCCACGCCACUGCCAUGGGUGCGUUCGUGCGCCCGCGGGGUCCAACGGAGGGGUUCGGCGCGGGGGCCCCAAGGACCCAGCCUGACAGCGGCGAUGGUCCGAGGAAUCCCCUCGACGUCGUGGGGUCACCAGAGAGCCCCUCCGACGGACGGUGACCGGACGAAGAGUUUACCCGAUAGCGCAGGGGAACGGAGGAACCUGUUCUCGCCUGACUGCGUGGGGGGAACCGGGGGACCUGCCCGACGAAACGUGAGAAGUCUUAAGAAGUGCAGUUCAAUAGAUUGGGGGAUCGGAGAGCCUCCUAGCGACGUGGGGUCCCAGAGACCCCCGGGAUAGAUGGUGAGAGAUGGUCGAACUCUCAUGAGGAUCUGGAGCGGCUUAGCUGCCGGCUGGCUGAACUGUGCAAGCUGAGAGCUCCUUACCCGAAAGCAGAGGGAGCCAAGACGCCUGCUGUCGGACAGGAAGAAGAGACAUCCUUCUAUUUACCCUUGGCUCCCCUCUCCUGUAUUUAACUCUGAGAAAAGCAGACUUUUUGCUGAGAAAUUUGGGAAGAUGCCCUGAUGGAUGGUGAGAAGCUCCGAAUCCCCUUUUGAAAACUUUCUUCCCGUAAAUUGUGGCAGACUAGGACCUGUGGGGAAGGGACUGGGGCAUGUUACCCCAUCUGAUCAACCGAAAACCCCUUAAGACCUAUACUUGAUGGUUCUGAGAGGGAACCCUGACUCCUGGGCCCUUCUCCCAGGACUGUUGAACAAAAGGAAUAAAAUUGGAGAUGUGAUUACUUCCUU